GCGUUCUCUCUUUCACAUUCCCACACUGUCAUGCUUCACCUCAUUCUAAUGCAUAUGCGCUAGUUUGUCGAGCGGGUGCUGGUGCUGGGAGGGAAUCAUUAGGCAGGAGCCCGCAGCCGUGAAUAUGAGCUGAGGUAUUAAAGUCGAUCCCCCUCCUGAUCGCGGCGUCACAGCUGCUCGUGUUGUGAAGCGAUUUGCAUAAGGACUUCCGCCCCUGCCUUGUACUUCUGCAUCGACUGGGAAGCUGCUGAAACGAUGCCACACGCUGACACCACACAUCCCGGCACAUAAAGCCUUCCUGAUCCGUGCGCAGGAUGUCGGCGAUUAUUUGGAUAACUUAAAUAUCUCGAUGUGACAGUGUAACAACUGGUGGAGGCGGAUCUUCUUGACACCGAGUGUGUGUGUGUGUCUAUGUGUGUGUGUAUACACUGAAGGGACUACACAUGAUGAUGAUGAUGAUGAUGAUGUUCGCCUGCUCUGUGUGGAACUAUAAAGAUUAUUAUUCGCUUUGAUCCCAGGCGUCUGGAUACAUUGUAACCCGCCUGUUCUUUUUCUUUUGAUCAAGGAUUGUAGCCAGUGCACCUGAUUGUUCCCAAACUGGAAAUUCUUCCUCGUCUGUGUACACACUUUUUUUUUUUUUUUUGUCUUUGGGACUUAGGAAGUAACCGAGGUGUUGGAGAAGAGAGCCGGCUCUUCACACACACACACACACACACACACGUAUACACACACUACCCGAUAGACCUCUCUUUUUCUCUCAACAGGCUGGUCGUGUUAAUGUGAUGAAGACUCAGCCUGGCGCAGUAUGAGUCAUUUUGGACUGAGUUUGGUUAUUUCGACGUUCGAUCCAGACUUCUAAGAAACACAGAUACGACAUGACAAGCGGUUUAGCUGUUUUUCCAGCUCCUACACUGCGCCCUAGCCUCUGUCUCUCUCUGUCUCUGUGCGAUGGGAUUCUGAUCACUCCUCUGUCUGGCCUUGCUUUCAUGUGAUUUAAGGCUGGACUUUUUUUUUUUUUUUUUUUUACCAGACACUUGAAAAUUCACUAAGUGUAUAUAUAUCUAUAUAUAUAUAUAUAUAUAUACACACACACAUAUAUGUGUGUCCUCUUCUGCCGUGGGAGGAACUGAAAUCUUUUCGUCCAUCAUGUCUCACUUGUCUGGCUUAGUGCUCGCUUUGCUACGUGGACUCUUCUUCUGUGCGCUUGUGGGAUUAGAACUGAGCUCCUCAGGAGCCCUGGCUACUCCACACACCACCAUUGUGCCAACUCCAGAUCCUUGCCUGACUGUGAUCCCACCCUGCAUGAACGAGGCUGAUCGCUUCAGCCUCGAGGCACUGCGGCACAUCCACAAGCAGCUGGAUGAUGACAACGAUGGCGGCAUCGAAGUCAACGAGAGUGUGGAGUUCAUUAUCGAGGACAUGAAACAGCAGCAAACAAAUAAGCACAGCAACCUGCAUAGGGAGGACCAGCACAUUACUGUAGAGGAGCUGUGGAAAGGAUGGAAGUUGUCUGAAGUUCAUAACUGGACGAUGGACGAUGCAGUCCAGUGGCUGAAAGAGUCUGUUGAGCUUCCCCAAUAUGAAACAAACUUCAGAGAGUUCAAAGUUAACGGAAAUACAUUACCUCGAAUAGCGGCUAAUGAACCUUCGUUCAUGUCGUCACAACUAAAAAUAUUAGAUCAACGACAUAAGCAGAAAUUAAAUUUGAAGGCGCUGGAUGCUGUGCUGUUUGGACCACCAUUACGGCCACAGCAUAACUGGUUAAAAGACUUUGUCCUCAUGGUGUCCAUCAUCAUCGGGGUAGGAGGCUGCUGGUUCGCCUAUGUGCAAAACAAGUCCUCAAAAAUCCACAUCUCCCGCAUGAUGAAAGACCUGGAGAGCCUGCAGAGUGCCGAGCAAAGCUUGAUGGAGCUGCAGAGCAGAUUGGAGAAAGCACAAGAGGAGAAUCGCACGGUGGCAGUCGAGAAGCAGAACCUGGAGCAGAAAAUGCGAGAUGAGAUCCAUGGUGCAAAGAGAGAAGCCUACCGGCUGCGAGAGCUCCGCGAGGGAGCUGAGUGUGAACUCAGUCGUCUCAAAUACGCCGAAGAAGAACUGGUGCAGGUACGUGUGGCUUUAAAGCGAGCAGAGAAAGAGUUGCAGUCAGAGCGGUCAGUUCCCGAGGCCUUACAGAUGUGGCUGCAGCUCACACAUGAGGUGGAGGUUCAAUACUACAACAUCAAAAAACAGAAUGCCGAGCUACAGCUGACCGUUGCCAAGGAAGAGGCAGAGAAGAUUAAAAAGAAGAGAGGUUCUGUGUUUGGAACGCUCCAUGUUGCGCACAGUUCAUCACUGGACGAGGUUGACCACAAAAUACUUGAAGCCAAGAAGGCCCUGUCUGAGGUGACAGCAUGUCUGCGUGAGCGUCUUCAUCGCUGGCAGCAGAUUGAGAGACUCUGCGGCUUCCCCGUGGUGCAGAACUCAGGUCUGCCAAGCUUAAGUGCAUCACUGUACUCCGAACACAGCUGGGUGGUGAUGCCACGUGUCUCACUUCCCCCAUACCCCAUUGCAGGAGGAGUGGAUGAUUUGGAUGAGGACACGCCCCCCAUCGUCCCACAAUUUAACUCUCCACUGGCUCGCCCUCUGCUGCGUAACAGCAGUUUGUGUCGCUCUCGGCGGAGUCUCCUUUCCCAUCAGUCUUCUAUUGUUUCGGCCGAUCCUGAUCUGCUGUCUAUGGCCUCAGCGCCAGGUGUCUACAGACCAGAGCCAGACGACGAACACAUUUUCUUCAGCGUGGACACAAAAAGAGACUCUCAGGACACAUGUUCGGAUUCAGACUCUCUAAGUUCCUCGGUGGGAAGGAAGCAGUUGUCCAGUUCCUGCACUCAAGGAGCAGAUACUCCACAGCGAAAGAUUUCUCGCGAUGAGUUCCUUUUGUUGGCUCAGGAAGCACAAGCCACUGCCUUGGAAGCUACCCUCUCAUCAACACCCUCAGUUUCAUCUUCCAUUGACCCCACCUUAAUCCGCAAGGGCUCUCCUGACCUCACCCGUUCUUCUGCUAUCCCAGAAUCCCAGAGUUUGACCUUUCACUCUGCCACGAAAGUGGCAGCUUAUAACGGCAUGCUGGAGAAGUCAUACAGCUUGGGCCAGUUGCCUGCUGGCGGGACGCCCCCAGAGGGACGUUACAUUUCCCUAAGCUCUCUAGACAUGGAUGGAAAGACAGGCAAAGAGGCUAAACAGCUCCUGUCGUCCUCCAGUCCCCCAGACUCGUGCGACAACCCUGAGAAAAAGCGUUCAAAAAUCAAGAGCUUAUUCAAAAAAAGCAAAAAGCAAUGAAGAAAUUGAGAGGAAAGUUAGAUGAAGACAUAAAAAAGCCUUAAAACAAAUUAAAAAAAUGUAAUGGACUGUCAAUCAGAUGCCAAAAUGUUUAGGGUUUUUUUUCUUUCUUUUUUUAUAUUUUAUUUUUAUUAAAACAGAAUGUAGCUCCGUCUAGGUGCUAUCCUGGGUUGGAAGCCUUUAUAGUCCACUUGGACUGGCAUGUCGAAUAUCACAAAUGGUCAAAAAUCAAGGGUCAUUUUUUUGUCAUUUAAAAAUAACUAAAGAAGCAUUGCACACUUCAUUUUAUGUUGUGGUUUUAGGGUUGACUGUGAGAGUUGGAUCAUCAUAAUGCACCAAACAAAAAUGAAAGCAACGUACAAUGUAAUAGAAAUCCAAGUUAUUCCAAGAAUUUCAUACUUUAUGGAAAAAUUUCGUCUUUAUCAUAAAUUACAGUUAAGGCCAUGUAAGCAGACAACUGUUCAUUUGAAAAGCUUGUUUGUGUAAUUAGUAACCAAUAAAAGUCCUACUUUACAAAUUUAGUCAAAUUUCAAAAUGUUAAUGAUGCAAUUGAAAAUGCUGUAUUUUGGAUAAAUAUUUGCUUGGCUGAACUUUUCCACAUAUUGUAGUGUCAUAACUUAGAACUGGCAUGUACAUAAUUGGGAUUAUAAGUUAUGAUUCAAAACAAAAUGGCCCAUCAUAAUGAUGUUUGGGUAAUUAAUCUACAUAGAUUGCGAAAUUAUAUAUAGAUUUUAUAUAUAAUUUUAUAUAUACAUAUAUAAUUUUAUAUUAUAAUAAUGCUGCCACCACCAUGCUUCACUGUGUGGAUGGUGUUCUCUGUGUUGUUAAUUUUUAAAAUAGCACUUUGUGGCAAGACAGCAAAAAUGUUUAAACUUCAGUUUCUCUGCUCUUUAAUUUAUUUGAUUUUAGAAAUUGUUCAGUCGUUUGGUCUCAUCAGCCAAGAGAACCCUUGACUCUCCACAUGCCUCUUGGCAAAUUCUAAAGAGGAUUUCCUAUGGCUCACCACUCUUCCAUAAAGCCAUUUUUAGCAGACUUCUGGGAGUCAGUUGUCCUGUGUCAGCUUAACCCGUCUGAGCUGUUGAUCUCUCCAACUCUAGCAGAUUUACACUUGGCCUCUUGAUUGAUUCUCUGACGAAUGCCCUGCUUAACCAGUCACUGACAUUUGGUGGAUGACCUUUUGUAAGCAGAGACACUAUUGUCCCCAUUCUGUAAUUUUAUUUUAAUGAUAGAUUAAAUGCUGCAUUGCAGGAUGAACAAACUUUGAGAUCAUUUUCAUUUACCUUGACUGAUGCUUUGAUAGAAUGUUUUCUGGACUUAGUUUGAAUAGGUCCUUGAUCUUUAUGACGAUGUUUUUAUUUAAUUAAUCUGGGUUUUUACAGAAACAUGAUGUAUUUAAACUUCUCUAAUAUUUAUAAUAUAAUUUCACACAGCUAAACUCCUUUAAGCUAAUGGUGGGACUUCUAAUAGUAACUGGUUACACCAAAAAGUAAUUUCAUAGAAACAGCGUGAAUAUUUGUGCAGUCACAACUUUUAUUUGGAUUAUCUGUAAAUAAUUGUGAAAACUA